AUGUCCUGCCGACGCUAUGGGUUCUUCGGACCGCAGCCAAUGCUGGGUGAUGCUCCACAGGGGACGCUGUCCCUAGAGCCAGAGGAACAAAACUAUAACACUCGGGCAUUUAAGGGACCCCGCAGCUUCACGACAUCUGCUAUGCGCCGGGGCACGGGAACAGACAUAGGCCUAUCCGGAUACCAGCCUUUUUCAAAGAACGAGCCAUAUGAGGCAAAGAACACCGUCGCAAAUCAUGACUUUCGGCCCGGGAAGAACCCUAACCGCCAACCAUUUCUCCCCAACUCCAAUCCCCAAGUCUCUACAGGAGCUGCUUCUCUCUACACGACUAUCACCUGGCCUGAUCCACACCAGGACAGGCCGGACAAUAACUUGUAUUCCCAUAAGUGUGAUGAGACCUGUACGCCUGAUUACUAUCACGCCAAGAUGGUCAAUAAGCCCGAUGACAGGAUCAAGGGGCACCAUCCCAAUAUUAAGACGAAGCCAGAGGGGGACAUAAAUAAGGGUCCUCAUCUGCGGUACUGCCUGAAGGGGUAUCCAGGGGGCAUACUUGUCCCAGACGGGGACAAAGACGGAAGUGAGACCGGACGGGCUUUAAGUGCUGAGUCACGAGGCUUUAACCAUAAAAAGUAUGGGCAUCCAAUGCCUUUCAAGACAAGCGGAAGGCCAUUCUAUGAUAAUCCUUACAGAUGGGAGCCGGAGCCGUACAAUGACAACGUAAACCACCCAAACUAUCGGUCACACAACUUCAAGGGAGGAUCCUUCAAAGCAGGAAAGACUAAGAAUGAUGUUUUUGACCCGAGCAUCUACUCACGGAAAAUCAAGAGCGAACGAGUAGGCACUCCAGAAGAUUACAAGGGACCUCGACAGUUCCCUAACACAAUGGAUCUACCCACUGGCUCAAAUGUGCACAUAUCGGGCAGAGAGUCACGUAAAGGAAUCGGCGACAAGUUUAUUCCGGGAGGAUGCGUUCACCACUCGCAUCCCACGUACGUUUCUGCAGGCCCUUACGAGAUCCAGGAGUAUGAAGCAGCAAACACUAUACACAACGUUAAGGACGGCAUCUUCCUCACCACAAACCCACGAGAGAGGCCAAAGGCAUGCGCUCGGCCUCGUUUCCAAGGCUCUAAGUACUAG